AUGGCCACUAGUGUUAAUAUUAUUAUUAUUGCUACUGCUACUAGCACCACCACCACCACCACCACCACCACCACCACCACCACCACCACCACCACCACCACCACAACCACCACCACCACCACCAUUAAUAUCAUUACUACCGCCAUUAUUAAUGAUAUUACCACUGAUUCUACUACGGCAACAGAGAAUACUAUUGCUCCCACCGUCACCGUAAACAUCACUGUUACUAUUACCACAAGUACUUUUGCUGAUGCCACCAUUACCGCUACAAACGACAGUUGGGCGGUGGUGCGCGACGGUGUCCACCGUGUGCUCCACAGCGAGGUGGGAACAGCAUGGUAG